CUUAACUCAGCCCAUAUAAAGUACCUUAUCACCUCUGCAGAUCAUUCUCAACGUCUUAGACGUCAUAGUGACUCCAAUCAAUCGUCUACUUACCCCAAUACGGGCUUCGAUAUCUCAUCUCCCCAUCCAAUCCACUGGCACUGUCACUACUGGCUUCGUAUAAAAAAGAAAAAUAAAGGGUGGAAUACACCGCCGAUCUUCAUUUCCUGCACAUCAAUCUUAAUCCAACAUAAUCUAUCCUUCAAACCAAGAAGACCAGAUCGAUAGAAGAAACGAAGAGAGAGAAAAAAAGAAUAUGUCUUACAACAACAACACCUACCACCCCAUCGCCUCAGCAGACAAAGUCCCAACUAUCCACACAAUCCAUCCUAUGAAACGCUCGACGUCCUACUCUCCCACCGCCCAGGAGAGCGGCGACGAUGAGUACAAGCACCACCACAUCAAGAAAGACAGCGCGAGCAGCACAGUAGCCUGUGGUAACGACCAUAAAGUGAAAGCGGCGCUGACGGAGCUCCUCAACGACGACGGUGUGAGAUCUAAUGCGCGCGGAAGCAGAUCGGUACAGAACUUGCUUAUGGAUACCGAGAAGGCGUUGAGGAAGCAGCGCAGGGAGUCGCUGUCGGGACGGGCUUCGAUUUCGGUGGCGAAGUGAGGUGAUAUCGGUGUCGAUAUGGGGAUUUAUCUUAAUCAUUUGGUGAUGACAUGAUGAGUGAAAUUGAGGGGGUUUUGCUUUGAUUGUCGAACUGGUGUGGCUGGCUGCUUUGCGCUGGUGUAUGUGACAUGGUCGAGUCGAAUUCUCCUCGUGCUGGUCUGGUCGGUACAAGAGGUGCGCGCUGUGUCGAUGAGAUGAGAGUCUAAGCUGCUUCUGAUGAUGUUGAUGCUAUGUGAGCCGGCUACAUAUGGAGCUGCUUGGUUCAAUAUGGUUUAAUGCAGGGGUAGUAGUAGGGCUGGAGGUUAGAGGCACAAUUGAUGCGCCGUUGCAAGAGCUGAAACGACAUGUCUAUUGGUGGCAGCACAGUACACUUUUACAGCCUUAAGGAGCAGUCGCAAAAGGUUUCUAUGCCAGAUAUGUCAAUUAAUUAAUUUAUCCUUUUGUUUAGGCACAAUUUGA